GUGCGUCGUUUCGUGUCCGAGAUUCUUCGUGUCCUUCGUGUACUAUUGGAGAUUGUGGUCAGUAUGGCUCGCGUGAAAGUCGGAGAUAGGGAAUAUGAAUCAGGGUCUCGAGAAGGGGCUGUAAAGGAUCCAACCGAAGAAACUCUUGCAGAAGAACUGACUGAGAUUGGUUCUGGUGUCGCUUCAGAUGCGGCUCCUGUAAAUGUUGCAAGAGAAGCUUCCGUUGAUGCAACUGAGGAUUCCGCAGAAGGAAGAACAACAACUGAAUCAGAAGUAGCAAUAGAAGCUCCUUCAGUUCCCGAAGUGUCUGAUAAAGAAGUAGCUCCUUCAGCCACCGAAGUGUCUGAUAAAGAAGUAGAAGGUGUUUCCUUUCCCGAAUUGUCUUAUAAAGAAGAAGAUGUCAGUGUGUCUGAUAAAGAAGAAGAAAACCGUGAGUGUGAUAAAGAAGAAGAAGUCCAUGAGUCAAAUGAUGGUCAGGGUAAUGAUGGUGAUGAAGAAGAGAGAAUUAGUGAUGUUGUGGGUAGAGAAACCAAUGCUGAUAAUGAGGAAGAUGAGGUUACUGGUGUUAUUAAGGAUAUAUUUGAUGAUAUUGCUGCUGAGGAAGAGGAGAGGGUUAAUGAUGUUGCAGCUGAUACAGAUGAGGAUGAUGAUGAUGAUGAAUUCCAACCACUGCCGCCAGAGAGCAUGUACUUUGGUCCAACUGAGUACAUGCUUUUGUGUAGGACAAAACUUAUCUUUUUUGAGUAUUUUGCGGUUAUCUUUUAUUAGGAUUCAAAACAUUGUACUAUCUUUUGGUUGUGUUGUGGUUUAUUUGCAUUUUAUGUAUUUGAGGUUUAGGAUGAUUCACAUAUUAUAUUUUUAAAAAUUAUGCAUCUGGUCCAACUACUAACAAAUGUGGGACAACUAU